AUGAUAACAGCAUACUUUAUAUUCGAGAAACACAACCCCACGACGACGACGAGUUGGGAACGAGGAAGGUACGAAACUUCCCUCGAGCUAUUAUUCGGCAAUAACAACAACAGAGGCAUCAUCAACAUCGAGAAAACAAACUCUGAGAGCGAGAAGAAAUUGAUGGAUGUUGACUUCUGUUCACUUGAAUUUGUUGAAGUAAUUUCUCAUUGUGUCAGACAACUUGAUCAUAUGACAAUGUCGCGUACCUUCAGUUUAUCAUCCAAACUAUCCGAAUAA